AUGUCUCCCGGGUCAUUUGCUUUCAAUUUCAAUCGAGAUGGAACCAUACUCUCAUCAAUCACAACGAUCCCCACAGGAAGAGCAGUCUUCCAACAGAAUCUUGCCAUCAUGGAAGCGGUCGCUGGUACCUUGACUUGUGUUAAGAAUGAUGAUAAAGUUGCAACUAGCAAUGAUCUCAUAUAUGUAUGCGGUAGCUUAGAUUGCUCCGUAGAUGAGAGUGGCAAAUUUGUCGUUUCGCUUAAUUGUGAGGAGGGUGAGGCAGGAAACUUUUCUUGUGUAUCUGGAUAUCAUUCCUCUGGUGUCUAUAGCUCCCCUGAAAAGAAGAAACGUGAUGGAAUUCCAAAGACCACCAACCAAAACGCGACCAGCCAAGCAUCUUUCAAAACACGUCGAGGUUUUAGCUUCAUUGGGGGACUCUGCGAAUUCUUCACUGGUGGCAGUGAUAAAUGCGAUAAAUUCUUUGAAUAA